AGACAAGUCCAGUGUUGUGUCAGGCACUCGAGAUCCAUGUCAGCCAUAAGAGAUGAUGGUGGACAUUCGGAAUCCCUAAUCUGUGGAAACUGGAGCUUGUUGAGGUAGAAAGUGGUCAAAGCUCCAGGAGCAUCAGACCAUGGUGCCCCUGACUGUGCUAGGGUUGGGAUCUCCAGGACUUCUGGACAUCCUCAAGAAGGGGUUCUUCCAUGUGGGUGCCUGAUUGGGACCUUCUCAGAGGUGGGGAGGAGGGCUUUGGCUCAGAGCUCUGGGGUCCUAAGCCGGCUCUUAGACAACGGCCCAAUGCCCAACCCAAGGCCCACCAAGCCUUCAGCCCCAUCACUGGUGCUCAACACAUGCCCAGGAACUUCACCCAGCUGGAGGUCAGCAAUGAAGACCUCUGACCUGCUGGGGGGUAAGGGCCUUGGAGCAACCUCCCAGAGCCGGGACCUUCGAGGGGGGCACCAUGCUGCCACCUGCUCCUCCUUGAACCCCAUGCCACCAUCACAGCUGCAGCUGCCUGCGGUGCCCCUAGUCAUGAUGGCCCCAUCCGGAGCCCGACUGGGCACCUCGCCACACUUGCAGGCCCUCCUCCAGGACAGCCCACAGUUUCUGCACCAGCUGUCCACGGUGGAAUCUCAUGCCCGGACCCCGGUGCUGCAAGUACGGCCCCUGGACAGCCCAACUAUGAUCAGCCUCCCACCACCAACCACUGCCACCAGCAUCUUCUCCCUCAAGGCCCGGCCUGGCCUGCCACCUGGAAUCAAUGUGGCCAGCCUGGAGUGGGUGUCCAGGGAACCAGCGGUGCUGUGUACCUUCCCAGACACCAGUGCACCAAGGAAGGACAGCACCCUCUCAGUUGGGCCCCAAGGCUCCUACUCACUGUUGGCCAAUGGCGUGUGCAAGUGGCCUGGAUGCGAGAAGGCCUUUGAGGAACCCGAGGACUUCCUCAAGCACUGUCAGGCAGACCAUCUCCUGGAUGAGAAGGGCCGUGCGCAGUGUCUCCUUCAGCGGGAGGUGGUCCAAUCCCUGGAGCAGAAGCUGGUGCUGGAGAAGGAGAAGCUGGGAGCAAUGCAGGCCCACCUGGCCGAGAAGAUGACACUGACCAAGGGAGCGUCUGUGGCUUCAGCUGACAAAGGCUCCUGCUGCAUUGUAGCUGCAGGAUCCCCAGGCACCACUAUCCCGGCCUGGCCCGGCCCCUACGAAGCCCCCAAUGGUCUGUUUGCUGUGCGGAGGCAUCUCUGGGGCAGUAACGGAAAUAACACAUUCCCAGAGUUCUUCCACAACAUGGACUACUUCAAGUUUCACAACAUGCGGCCACCUUUCACCUACGCCACCCUUAUUCGCUGGGCCAUCCUGGAGUCUCCCCAGAAGCAGCGGACUCUCAACGAGAUCUAUCACUGGUUCACACACAUGUUUGCCUUCUUCAGGAACCACCCAUCCACAUGGAAGAAUGCCAUCCGUCACAACCUGAGCCUGCACAAGUGCUUUGUGCGGGUGGAGAGCGAGAAGGGCGCAGUGUGGACGGUGGAUGAGUUUGAGUUCCGGAAGAAGAGGAGCCAGCGGCCCAGCCGGUGCUCCAAUGCCACCCCUGGCCCCUGACCACAAAAACAAGAAAAGCAGGAGCCCAGGGGCUGAAAUGGGGUUAGGCAGCAGAAGCAACUAGAGGCAGGGGCUUGGAUGAGCCUACCAGGAGCAAGAAGUGAGGGGCACACUGUCUUGCCUGCCAGGGGCCCAGCACCCAGCUGACCACCCACCACAGAUGCUGCACUGGGUCCCCCCCUACCCCUCUAUCCCGCUACCCCUUACACACACAAGCUCUCUCCAGC